AUGAAUGACCAAGGCGAGGUUGCGUAUGAAAUCGACAAGAGACGGGGGCGAUACGUCAAUAUAUGUGUAUCACAUGAUAGUGAUACCGAGGAUGACGAUGGUGCUGAUCGUCUGGCGAUCGAAUUGGCUCAGAAAGCCACUGUCGCAGCACAGAGUGAAGAAAUACAUGCCGAUAUCAACGAGGACUUGAAGGAGGUCGUCACCGUUGAUCCAGGCCCCGGCAUCGAGCCAUUUGAACAGGAAAGAAUACUUGAUACAAUUAUACACUGUGUCAAUGGGAAUACAAGAGCAGUGCAGAAAUACCUAGAAACCUCGAGUGAUGCCCAGCUGUUUAUUCGAGGUCGGCAUCCCGAUGGUAAAACAGCCCUUAUCAUCGCAGCAGUUGAGCAGAGUCCGGAGAUGGUGUCGAUUCUCCUUGAACAUGGAGCUGAGGUCAACACUGUUGACAGUUAUGGAAGGAGUUCUCUUAUGGAGGCAGCGCUCUUUGGUCGUAUCGGCAAUGUAGAGGUUCUCCUAGAACACGGUGCAGACAAAAAUGCCCGGGAUAGAGAAAAUCGAGCGGCCGUUGAUUUUGCUCGAGACCAUCACAAAAACAAACAAGAGAGAUACGAGCGUGCUGGAGGUGACUUGACAUCCAAUCAACGGCCAUGUUAUAUCGAAGACACAUUCAAAAGGGACAUUGACCGUCAGAAGAUUAUACGCCUUCUCAGUGGAGAGAACCGGAAGUCAAAGAUUGUUUGUGGGAGUCCUCCCACAUUAUCGCAAUCAAAAUCCUACUCUUUCUCACCCUCGCUGACGCGGGACUCGUUGGUAUUACGCGGGCCGAUCGAAGAGUAUCCAAUCGCAAGAAGCUGGAAGACGGUGGCGAGGUUGGAACGAGGCGGGGAAUUCCCGUCCGUUGGCGCCAUGAGCGGAUGGUCUCAUGGUUCGCUGCAGCCCCUCAGGGUCGAUGGUCGACAGUGGACAGAUGACGUCUUUUAUAUCUCGGAAGUGACGGGCCAUCGAUUGCCUUCGCACCCCAAUGAUCGGUGGAAAGACGGUGAAUACAAUGCAUGUCACGCAGAAAAGCAAUUGAUAGCGUACUUCAUUGAUCGCCAUGCUUUUCUUCCACGCGACCGCCUUCCAGACUCGGAACUUGAGGGGGAGAUUCAGUGGGUAGAGGAUGAGCUUCAUAGAUUUCGUUCCAGCACUGGGAUAGGACAUAAGGUGAAAUCCCUCCGAGACAAGAAAGAAGCUUUAGACAAGGAGCUAUUCGAUGGGGAAGAAAAGCUCGUCGGAAAGUAUGAUGAGAUCAAGGCACUUAAGUUGGAGCUCAGGUCUGUUGAAACAGCCCUAAACCGGCUAAUGGCUACUCCAGAAGCCCGGCCAAUCUUGACGCUAGAAAGCCGGCUGAAGAAACUAGCUCGGCAACGAGACAGGCAUACAGAACUGAUUAAUAUGGCUUGUGCGCCACCACCGGCUUCAUUAGCCCAGGUGGUCAUAUUAAUCAGCUCGCCUGCGUGUCGAGACUGCAUCGCGUUCAAGGACAAAGUCAACGAGUUCUUCGGGUUAUCUAUACAGUUAUUUGCGGCACUCUGA